CGACGGGAACGGCGGCCGCACUAAAGAGGGCCGACAUGGCGGCGGCGGCGGCGGCUUCGCUUCGCCGGUCGGUGCUGGGCCCGCGGGGCGUGGGGCUUCCAGGUGCAAGCGCUCCGGGCCUGCUGGGCGGCGCGCGGCCCCGGCAUCUUCCAUUGAGGACACCGCAGGCAGUGUCCUUGUCCUCGAAGUCUGGCCCUUCUCGAGGCCGAAAGGUGAUGCUAUCAGCGUUGGGCAUGCUGGCAGCAGGGGGUGCAGGGCUAGCUGUGGCCCUUCAUUCUGCUGUGAGUGCCAGUGACCUGGAGCUGCACCCCCCCAGCUACCCAUGGUCUCACCGUGGCCUCCUUUCCUCCUUGGACCACACCAGCAUUCGUAGAGGUUUCCAGGUAUACAAGCAGGUGUGCUCUUCCUGCCACAGCAUGGAUUAUGUGGCUUACCGCCACCUGGUGGGAGUGUGCUACACGGAGGAGGAAGCCAAGGCGCUGGCUGAGGAGGUGGAGGUCCAGGAUGGCCCUAAUGAGGAUGGGGAGAUGUUCAUGAGGCCAGGGAAGCUGUCUGACUAUUUUCCAAAACCAUACCCCAACCCUGAGGCUGCAAGAGCUGCUAACAAUGGAGCUUUACCCCCUGACCUCAGCUACAUCGUUCGAGCUAGGCAUGGUGGUGAGGACUAUGUAUUUUCCUUGCUCACUGGCUACUGUGAGCCCCCCACUGGGGUGUCAUUGCGAGAAGGCCUCUAUUUCAACCCUUACUUUCCCGGCCAGGCCAUUGGCAUGGCUCCUCCCAUCUACACAGAAGUCUUGGAGUAUGAUGAUGGCACCCCAGCUACCAUGUCACAAGUAGCCAAGGACGUUGCCACCUUCCUUCGCUGGGCAUCAGAGCCAGAGCAUGACCAUCGAAAACGCAUGGGGCUCAAGAUGUUGUUGAUGAUGGGCUUGCUGCUGCCCCUGACUUAUGCCAUCAAGCGGCAUAAGUGGUCAGUCCUGAAGAGUCGAAAGCUGGCUUAUCGGCCACCCAAGUGACCCUGUUCAGUAUCUGCUUGUCAUCUUGCCUGAACAAGCUCUCAGCAGCCCAGGAACAGUCCGAGGCCUUUUCAGGCCUGGCCCCUUUUCGUCAAAUAUGAGGGCCAGGAGACCAGACUCUUGCUUCUGAUCUUCCUUCAGCCCUCACUGUGGGAAUAAAUUAAGUUUCUCAACAUACA